CGCUCCAUUCGGGUACGUCUCGUGCUUGAUGAAGCUCUGAGUUGGAUCUACCACAACGGUAAAUCUCCAGAGGUCCUUGAUGUUAAAUUUUCUUACGAGGAGAGUGAUCCUUUGGAGGGAUGGCCGUUAGAACGACUUUUAUCAACGAUCAAGCAUUGAAGUUGGAGGAAUGUGGAAAUUACCGAUCUGAUAUAUGUACCAGACAUAUAUCAUCUUAGACCCAUCUCUUGCUGGACAUUGGUGUACUGUACAAAAACCCUCUAUAAAACACACAUCAUCAAGGAUCUCCCCUCCACACAACCACAACCUCAACACUUCUUGAAUGCACCGCACGGCAAGUCCCCUCCCCUCGCCUUGCCAGCCGCCCGAUGGCGCAACCCCGCGGCGGGGUUGGGGCAAACACCCGACAUGGCAUCAAGACACCGGCCAGUCCCAGGGCCACCACAGCACGUGUUGACAACGCAGAGCAUCUCGAGGUCGAGGCAGGGGCUGUCGGCGGAGCACUCCUGCAAGUCCCAGCAGUUCGACUUCACGGGCAAAGCGAAGCAGUAGGCGUCGCCGUCGAGGGUGGUGCCGCACAAGCAGGUGCCCGACUCGACGCCGGGGCAGUCGUACGUGUCGAAAUUGCCACACGAGCCCGGGUGGCUGCAGACAUAGCCAGCGUCGGCAUCCGGGUUGAUGUACUUGAUUACUUGUACUGUCACAGUGGCUGCUGGCGCUGUCGUUACGCUGGGGGGGAAUACCCCAGCAGGAGCAAGCUGAGGAGUACGCUGCAGCGUUGGAGCAGGCACUUGCGUACGUCGGCGCCGCCGUGGGGGAGACGGUGACCUGGCGAUUGUGGAGGGUAGGCGGCAGAGGGUUGAAUACCGUCGAGGUAUAGGUAGUAGUGGUGUAGCUACAGGGCAACAUUAGCGGGCCGUUGCUACAGCGCUGUCACGUCGGUGGGCGAUGGACUACACCACUUACCUCACGCGAGGGGUCACUGUCGCUUGCAUAAAGUUGGAGCAGUCGGCCAGGCGAGACGUGACAUCGGGUGUGCUAUCAGUACCUGUCGCGGCGCCGGCGCAGUUGUCAGCUACGCAGGUCGAGAUGACGCUACCCAGAGCAGGAGCGAGAAUGCUAAAGGAUACGAGGAUGGAUCUCAUCUUGUAAGAUAAAGAAGGCUGGAAAAGUUGAAUAUAACUGUAUAGGUACUUGAGGUUGAAACUGGAGGAAUGCUGGAUCGAACGCGCGAGCCGUAGGUGGCUAUAGUAGUUUUUAUAUCCCAGAAACAAACCUUCGAACGAUUCAACACUGUAACACAAACUUUCC